AUGGCCUCUGUGUUCAGUCAGCCAGGAACAAGAUUCCCCAGUGAACCUUAUUUGUGGAUUGAAGAAAACAAGACCUGGUUUGAUGCUUAGAGCUACUGCAGAGAGAAUUACACAGACCUGGUCAAUGUGAAAAACCAGACUGUGAACCAGGCCAUUGAGAAUGUGACACUACAUUCUGAUCGUGUUUGGACUGGUCUGGUGAAUGACCCCUGGAACUGGUCAGAUCAGAGUAACUCUGAGUUUAGAAACUGGAAAUCAAACUCACCAAAUACCUUAACUCCAGCUGAGAAGUGUGUUACAGUGAAAAGGGCUGACAAGAAAGAAUCCUGGAAUAUUGAAAGCUGUGAAAAGAAGCACCCAUUCAUCUGCCAUGAGAAUAAGUUCAAAUUGAUGAAGCACAACAUGACCUAGAGAGAGGCGCUGAGUCACUGCCAGAAGUAUCAUCUGGAUCUGGUGUCAGUGGACACUGAGGAGAUCCAGUCCUGGGUGAGGGAGGUGGUUCAAAGCACCUCCCCUGAACAUGCGUGGCUGGGUCUGUGUCAUACCUGCACCUGCUGGGUGAGCGGAGAGUCUGUCUGCUACUGGGCCCCGGGGAACGAGACAGGGGUGGAAGGCUGCAGCUACGGACAGAGAACCGGAGCACUGCAGACCCAAGGAGAGCAGUGGUGGGUGAGCCUCCCUGAGACCCAGACGCUCAACUUCAUCUGCAGCACAUAUGAAGGUUAG